AUGCUCUCGGUCACCCCCAGGAUGUGGCCUCAGCCUUGCUACCCCAGCCGGGUCCUGGUGGCCAAGACAGAGCCCUGGUCCGUUGCCCUCCCCACGGCCCGGCCUGGCCCCCCCGUCCCCCCCCCAGGCCCGAUGCCCACGGAGCCGGAUUGCAGCUGCGGGCCCAGCGUGGCGCACGGGAAGUGGUACGGGGUCCGCUCCUACCUCCACCUCUUCUACGAGGACUGCACCGGGGCCAGCCCUGACGGGGAUGAGGAUGGGUCCUUGCCCCACGGAGCCUGGGCCCCCCUCAUCUGGAAGGUGAGCCUCUCCACGGGGACCCUGUUCCUGCUCAUGGGGGCCGCCACGCUGGCUGCCGGCUCCCUGGUCCCCCCGAAGCUGGAGGGGAUCGGGGAGGAAGAGUUCGUGGUGCUGGACAUGCAGGCGGUGCGGUACAACCACGCACUGGGGACGUGCCGGCUGGUGGGCAUGGUGCUGUGUGCGGCAGCCGGGGCGCUGGGCACCAUUGGGAUCCUCUCCUGUGCGCUGGCCCCGUGCCGCCCCCGGGAAGAGGAGCAGCAGCUCUCGCCCAUCCUGCGUGGCAGCCCCCCGCCGCAGCCCCCAGCCGCCUUCGCCCCGGCGGGGACAGCGAUGCCUUUCGGCAUCUCCCACGUUCACGGCAUCCAGCCCCGGCGGGACACCUGA